AUGCCAUUGAAAAUUAUUGAUCUUUUUAAGAGAUGGCUUGGAGAGUAUAGGAAAUCAGUAUAUUCAUGUAUUUGGACUGUCUUUCCUUCGAUUGUAGUAUGGGAGAUUUGGAAGGAGAAAAACAAAUGUAUUUUUCAAGGGAAGGAAGAAUCAAGUGAGUUGUUAUGUGCAAGAGUUGAGAGGGAAAUCUCAGAAGUGGUUUCUGCAUCGACAAAGGGACAUAAUUUCUUGAAAUUUCCUUUUAGUAUGGCAAACAAGUUGAUUCAGACGAAUUGGCCUUUGCUGAAAUUUAGGCCUGUUCAUGGGCAGUCUGGAGUUGAUUCAAUUGAGGGAGGAGUCUCGAAUUGUGUGCGGUCUAAACCGGAGCAAGGAUGGGUUAAAAUUAAUUUUGAUGGGGCCUCAAGAGGCAACCUGGGUAUCUCAGGGGUUGGUUGUGUGGCUUGUGAUGUGGAAGGGAAAAUUUUAAUGAAAGGAGCUCAACGACUUCAAGAUGGUACUAACAAUGAAGCGCAUGCACAAGAAGCUUUACUUGCAAUAGAGUUGGGUUGUAAUUUAAAGGUCUCAAAGUUACAUCUUGAAGGUGAUUCUAAAAUUAUUGUUGAUGCAAUUUCAAAAGGCCCUACUCCGAGUUGGCAGAUAAAUUCAUCACAAUUAUCUGCUCAAAGUUAA